UCGUAAUAAUUCGAUCAUCUCUUUGUGAAAAUAUUGUGUUGUUGUGCUCUUGUAUACCACUAUUUAAGACCAGAAUUUUUUUAUUGCCUUCUGUUUUAAUUAGUGUCUUCCGAUUAUACAUUCUCCCUUGUUAGUCUACAUUCUCGACCCGUUACAUUUUCAGCCGGCCGCGUUGAAUGCAAAUGGCCGUGUUUAUUCUCAACAGAUGGAGUCGUAAUCAAAACGGAGAGCUGGAACCAAUUAUGAUGUGAUAACACGUUUGACUUAUUUUUCCGUGUGACGAAUAGGUGACGUUAUGGGAAUCGGUAAGUAUACGAGAUUGGGACAUUCAGCCGAUGACUCGAUUGCUGCAUUCGGAUGGAACUGGUUAACAUGCCUCCGGAGUCAACGUACGAGCUGAAUUUGGCUGAGCCCGUCAGGUGGUUGCAAUUUAUUAUCGUGUUUUCUUUUCUUUUUUUUCCGUUUCCAACGCAGGGGCGGAGUUUCUAAAUUCGCCUCGGGUAGUGCCGGUUUUUUCUCUACCUGGACCAACCUUCAACAGAACCAGAACUGCGUAGUUAGAGGGUCCCCAAUUCAGUUGGGUCGAGAAAUCUCCCUAGUUGUGUUUGAGCACGAGACCUUGUUGGAUCAGUCACAUCGAUUGAGUGUUUCCGCCGAGUGUUAUCUCUGAAAAGAAGAAGAAGACAAAUUUCACAGUGAUCGGCCUCUUCCUUCUAACCUUGGUGUAAACGAUUGAAGACCUACAAGUUUCGAUUCCAAAUUCGUGAAGGAACGACCGUGUCCUACCCGAUUUGAAAUGGCCACCAAAUUAAAGGCGAUGAUUCCUCCUGGUACAGUUAUUCAACGACCUCGUCGAGAUGAUGGACAAAAUUUAAUCCGGAAAUCCGUCCGCACAUCUCGUCGGCCUAAAUUUUCCAUCCGCUCGAAAAAAUCAACUCAGAAAAAGUCGACAAAAUGCAGCAAAGCGGAUCACAUUUCAUCGUCGAACCCACCGGCUUGGGACGCAUUCGAGCAAGCCGAUCCGGCAUCCGGUGAAACCGGCAAGAAAUCCAAGAAGUCCAAAAAGAAGAGGAUAUCAUUCAAGAUUGUCAGGAAAGCUGGGCAGAGGAUCGAGUGGCUGCUGAAGAAAGGAGCCAAAUACUUUGGGAUCGCUAUUAUUAAGGUCUUCAAUCAACCCGGACUGUACACGGAAGAAUCUCGUACGUGCGUCUGCUAAAUUGAGAAAUGCCUAGCGACAAAGAAAAACAAGUCUCUUCGGUUUUGAUGAGAUUGGAGACGGACGGUCUGUACAGAAUUGCUAAUUCCUUCUCUCUCUUCCUGAUUUUCUAAGUAUGUUUUUUAUUCUAACCCAUACAGCACGAAAUCCUGUCAGGAUUUUCGAUGCCCAUCAAUCAGUUUGAUUGAAGAUUCUGUUUUUUUUUCUCGCUAAAAUGUUGUGAAUUAUCCUCCUAAAAUGUGUUGAAUUGCCUUGUGAAUUAUGCGCCCGUGUUCUUCCCUUUUUUCCAACCGAAAACACACACACAAACGACGACGACAUUCUUUUUUCGCCCUUUGCUGAAUGAGGAUUCCACUUUUAUGCCAAUGGUUUCCUCAAACCAUUUUGUUUCUUUCAACAUGUGUCCAGUUUAUAUAUUUCCGAUUGGUCGGAUUGUGUUAUGAUAUCCUUGUCGUCGAGAUGUUGAAGGAAAGGGAACAAAUUUUAAAAUACAAUUCAAAUAAUAACAAUUUGACUCUUGAUGUGAUUUGUACCGAAACCUGCUUGUGUGUCAUUCCCUUUUACGUGUUGAAUUGAUUGAAGCUUUUCUACGAUGCCCUAAAAGUGAAUAUUUACUGUCUUUAAAAGGAUUGAAUUGCAAAUUAGUGGUCCCGUCUAGACCCAUGUCGGAAGGCGAAAUUGAUUGGCAGAUUUCCUUUGCUUCUUUCCCGAGUCAUUUUAAAUGUUGACAACGUCGACAAGCGGAUUCCUCUUGUUUGGAUUGAACCGCCUUGGAAGCGUGCGUGACUCGUUUCGCAACUAGUUUUCUCACGGUUAAUUUUCUCGCGGGUCUUCCACCUCCUGACGCUAUCUAGCGAUCGUCAAAGGAGACACUGAAAAAGUGCCAAAUUCGGUUUUCAAGGUUCAUCACUUUGUAAUUUAGCCAAAUGAAAUCAAUGACCAGACACGCCGGAAGUUUGCUGCUGCAAUACUAAGCAGAAUGGUGACGUAAUUCUUGUUUAAUUGCGAAUCAUCUGACUAGUUUGACAACUCUGACACCGCUGUAAAAAGGUAACCUAUCCUCCUGCCACGAUACGAUACGGAGAACAGAGGGUGGACAACAAAAGUCGAAACUUGAAAGGAUUUGGGCAAUACAAAACGACAAAGUGUUUUUUAGUUUGAAAGAACAACAGUGGCCUGUCUCAAUGUCACGAAGUGUCGGCUAUACUGGUAACAUUUUGUUUUAAACAAUAAUUUUAAAGUUCUUCUUAAGUUUGUUAUGCACCCACAGUCUUAGACCCUGAUACGUGUUCAGUAUAAAAUUCGAUAAAAUUCAAAGUUCGUGAAAUGGAAAUGAAAAGGAAUUGCUUUAGACUGUCGCAAUUUGUGGAGAGUUCCGGUUCUGUUGAAACACUUUUCAAAGAAGGCAAAGGACGUCAUUGAAAUCUGCUGGAAGUCAAUUAUUCACGGGAAAUGGAACUGGUUUUCAUGUUGCACUGUAAUAUCGAUCGCGUGUCUUAUUCACGAUUUCGAAACGAAAAUUCCGACUAGUUUGAUAUCAUUUAAUUCAUUCCAAGAAAUUCUUCCACGUCCAAUUGAAUCCAAAAGUUGUUCCACUCAUCAAUAUAAAAAGCGCAGCCAAAUUCCUUUGAUGCGGUCUUUUCUUAAGAUCUGAAACUGAAAUUUGCCCUCCAUUGUUGACGAAUCAAAGAGCUUCGCAUUCAUCAAUUACUGGUUCGUUAAUUCUUAUAGAAGUCCGACAUCUAAGCAACGAAUUGCGUCACGAACUAAGCAAGUAGACUGCCUUUAGAAAUCUUAUUUUACGUCCCACUCGGUGUUUUUAAAAUAAUACGAUUUUUCUUUCCGUCAACACCACCUAGCGUCGAUACUGUAAGGUCUUUUUAGGUGCGUCCUGAAGCGCCAAAAUUUGAUUGGCUUUUAGAUGGGUCCGCACUUUCGACGUAACAGAGCGCCCCACCCGGGCGCUUUAUGAGAAAGAGAAUAAAUAACAACCUUAACAACUGUCCCUGUGGAUUGUUUCUUAUCAGCUAGUGAAAGUAUAAGGUUCAAUAUGUACUACUCUCUCCCAUCUAAAAACAUUGGAAACGCUAUGGGUACGUGAGGCAGCAUAACAAUUCCGAUGGGACCCCGCCCUUUUUUCGGGCCUAGUUCAAUACACAGUGGUCGUCGAUGGAUGGACCUGUUCCGGCUUUUUUCAAGGUCUACAUGCCUUAUCAGAGGGUGUAAUCUGUCUUUUGACCUCCGACGACCUUGCAUUAGCCCAGUUCUUUUAGUUCAUCUCUCUUUCCUCAAGAGUUUUUAUGGGCAACAGAAUUAUUACUAUGCGCCCUCUGUCCAUCUUGACGUUAGUACGUGGUGUGGUAUAUAGGCGAAGUGACUUGACAAGUUUCUUUCCAUCAUUUCAUUUGGCUCCGGAGCCUUGAUCGCGUCAGUUCUAAAAUUCAAUUUGCAUUAUGGAUAUUUUUGGAAGUGCCUUGAUUAGCCCAUCCGUUUCGUGGGCAAUCAAUCGUAACAUUGCCAGUUCCAGUAACCGGAAAAGAGCUCACGAAUCGGACGAUGAAGAAACAACCGAACCCGAUCAGCUGGAAAAAUCGGACAAGUAUUCAAACUAUAAAACCGGUGUCAAGACACCAUUAGUCAGCAAAUCGUCGUCGUUAGGAGGUAAAUUCAAAGAAUUGUUUCGACGAGUUAACGGAUCUAAUGAAGAAGCUCAAUCUCUACUGGCUAGUAGUCGAUCGACAAACAAGCCAAUCAUUCCACGCGAUAAAAUCAAGAUUGCCGGCAAGCGAUUACGGAAGGCGCUUCAUCAAUCAAUCAAAUACAUGGCAAUUGGCAUGGAGAAUAUGGGCACGAUGAUUUACAUCUCGACCAACGUACCCAGUUCGAUUUAUUAUAGUCGAAACAACGACAACUACUACCCAAACAUGCCUUACUGCUAGUCGUCGGCAUUCAUUCAUCAGUCAACAACUUUUUGAUGCGUUUGUGGUGUAAACAAUUAUUUGUUUUGAUGGGAUAUUACGGAAUUCUCAGGAAAUCAGCCUUGGACGCUAACGCCACCUAUCCUCAAGCAGACGUACUCGAUUAACAUUUUUCGACGGAAUUCCUUAUUUUUGUCAUAUUUUUAACUAAAAAUACCAAACAAUCUGAUGAAAACUCGUCACAUCAGUCACGUAGAAUAAUACACGAAGUUUCCUUUGU